ACCGAACGCCGCGCUGAGCGGACGUGUGUAACGCGCCAAGGAUUCCAACGUGCGAAAUUUAUGUGAUUCAGUGACAGUGCAGUGUUGUGCCGAGGAUCUGGAGUGUUAAAAACACGUGAGAACUUGUGAAUGAACCAAGUAUUCCAGAUCUCGGGCACUACGCUGUUCUUUGGACAUCCAGAUUUUGAAGCUGUCUGAAUGAUGAGAUUAAUGAAGCCUCACGAGAUGUAGGCGGAAGGGAAGUGAAUUGAAGAUGUUGAGAAUUUGAAGCGAACGUUUCUGGAUUCAGUUAGGAUGGUUAUUGUAACGGCGGCCGGGCACAGGAGUGGGGUGGAUAAAGUUACGCGAAUGAAACAAGAAAGAUAAAGACCACCCCCUAUGGAUCAAGUAAAUUUGACAAGGAACGAGACGGGCAACGCGACGGGCGGCGACGAAGAAUGGCCCCAGCUGGUGAUGUUCAAGUUGAGGACGGCGGUGCUGCUGCUCAUCGUCAUCAUGGCGGUGCUUGGCAACCUCCUGGUGAUCGUCAGUGUGAUGAGGCACAGGAAACUGCGGGUCAUCACCAACUACUUCGUCGUGUCGCUCGCGUUCGCAGACAUCCUUGUCGCGAUGGUGGUCAUGCCUUUCAACUUCAGCGUGCAGUUCUACAACGAGUGGAUCUUCGGCCCCGUGAUCUGCGACCUGUGGAACUCCUCCGACGUCUACUUCACGUCCACCUCCAUACUCCACCUCUGCUGCAUCUCGGUGGACCGCUACUACGCCAUUGUCAAACCCCUCAAGUAUCCCAUUAAGAUGACGAAAAAGAUGGCGUUCGUGAUGUUAGCAGCGACGUGGCUGAGUCCCAUCACCAUAUCCUACGCACCAAUCUUCAUGGGCUGGUACACCACCAGCGAGUACAUCAGAACCCGAGAGCUCAACCAGUGCGAGUUCAAAGUCAACAAGCCCUACGCGGUGAUAUCCAGCUCAAUAUCCUUCUGGAUACCUUGUACCAUAAUGAUAUUCACUUAUCUGGCGAUAUUCAAAGAAGCUAAUCGACAAGAAAAGGCACUCCACGCGCGAGCCGGUAACGCCAUGCUUAUGCAUCGCCAUUCCAGGGAAGUAAGUGAUAAAAACGGGGCUUUACAUAUAAAUGCCACGACGCCGACGAAAGAUAAAAACAUACUUAAAAUGAAAAGGGAACACAAAGCGGCGAGGACUUUGGGUAUUAUUAUGGGCGCGUUCAUUCUGUGCUGGCUGCCCUUCUUUCUGUUCUACUUGUCGACGUCCCUGUGUGACACUUGCGAGUAUCCCGAAGUGGUGACCGUGAUCAUGUUUUGGACUGGUUAUUUCAAUUCAGCGUUGAAUCCCAUCAUCUACGCGUACUUCAAUAGGGACUUUCGUAACGCCUUUAAGAACACGUUGGCUUGCGCGUUCUGCAGUAUUUGUCGACGAGGCGCCACUGAUUUAGACGCUCUGGAGCGACUCGACAGACGCGGUUCCGCUCAGCUGAGAGUCCCCAUUCCUUCUAGAAGAACCUCGGAUCUAGCGUCCCUCUGAAAAUCGCCUUACAGUGAUGAAACAUCCACUGUAUAAUGUGCAAUAACUUUUGAAGUGAUUCGUAGGUGUAAGUUUAUUUUAGUUGCUAGCUUUGACGUAAUUUCGUUUGUUAUCAGUGAUACUACUCGUAACAUUGCUAAAAGUAGCAUUUUGUAAAUAUAUUUACGAACGCUGGCCUAAUCAGGUAUAACGUUUGCUGAGGCCAAAGAAGUAUUGUAAAUAAACUCUAAAUGUAAAUCUAGAAAAACUAAAUGUGAUAGAUGUUUGAUAGACAUUUUGUAAAACUAUUAGCAAUAAGUAGCGAUAUAGGACGAUGUGAUUAUCAUAACCAUUUCAAUGCACAUUUAAUGUAGAGUAUUGACAAUAUUGUUUUUACAAAAUAAUUUAUUAAUGAAAAUGCAUUAUUAGAUAUUAUAUCUGAAUGUAAUGAUUUUUGGUGUUAUGAUUGUACAGAAUUUAGCAUAGAUAUAGGUAAACCAUGAAAGUCUAGUCCUUUUAGUACAUUCGAUAGCGUAAUUUAUUUGCUUAGCUACGAAAUUCUGUUAGUCAUAGAUAGCUAAAUACUAGAUGUAAAUAUUUAAGGAACAAACGAAGGUGAAUAUAAAUUUUAGUUGGAUUUGUAUAUAUUUAAGAUUUAGGUAAAGUAAUGAUAAUUCAUUUUAACAUAACUAAUAUGGGGACAAAUAACGCUUCAAUAGAAACGAGUAAUAAAUGUACUAACUUUAACAGAGUCAUUAGAGAUUGGUGUGUUAAUGUCGUGUAGUCCUUGUAACAAGAAACCUUGACUAAUGAGUUAAGUUAAAAAUAUUGAGCAUUCAGCAGCCAUGAAAUCACAAAUCCAAGGUGACACGUGGUGUGGAAAUACCACGUUUCGCUCCGCCUGUAUUUCUAAAGAUUAUUAAAUCUAUGUUAGCCUCUUUGUCUCUGUAAUUUGUUGAUUCAAGUGUUGAAAUUUUGUUUACACAAAUUGUUAAGCCGUUUCUUACAUACCACGUUGGCUUGACUUAUGUAUUGCAUAAUUAUUUAUUUCAUGUUUACUUUACCGUAUUUGAACAACCGUACUAAAAAUGUACAGAAUCUUCAAAAAUUUCUAUAAAUCGUCAGAUAACUUUUUACCUAAAGAAUAAAAAUGACACUUUGAUAUUUUUUUCAUGUAAAAUCUGUCGAAACGCUAAAUUUAUUCCAAUGUUAAAAUUUAUCUGACGAUUGAAAAGCAGCCCUAAGUUGAUUAAUUAUAUUAGCGUCAAGUUUUUUUAUCGUCAUUUUUGUAAUUUUUUUACAUUUUUCUUGUAUUGUCUGCUCAUUAUUUUUAACUUGAUGUCUUAAUGUAUAUUCAGUAUCUCUUAUUGAAUCUUUGUCAGUGUCCGUAUUAUCUUCGCUUACAUGACUCGUCAUUAGCCGCAUAUUUUGUAUUCAAAGUUAAUUAUGUUUCUUUGUUAAAAUGCCAUCGAAUUCCUAAAAAUAUUUGCUUACGUCAGAUAGAAAUAUUUUUGGAUUAUUCUUUUGAUUUUUGUUUUAGGUUGUUGUCGAUUAGAAUUAAUAUAGAAAAGAAAAUAGGAUUUUUUUGGCAGCCAAAGUGAACGAAUUUCAGAUUAUUAUUUCAUUAGGUAACGUUAUCAGAAAUUCAUAAAAAGUUUGAAUAGAAAACAUGCCGCUAAACCUUUAGAAUCGAUUUUCAAAAGUCAAUGUGUCUUCCUUAUUGUUAAGUAAUUAAGGGUCAAAAUACCAAAUUAAUAGAAAAUUGAUUCAUAGCACAAUUGUAAGCUUCUCUUACAUAGAAUAGCUACCAUAGA